GUUGUCACUCCAUCCAGAAAGAUGGAGGCUGUUGUUCGUGAUUUUGUUUCGCCAGAAGAUCUCUUGAUAUUUAAGGACAAGUACUCUGCCGAGUUGGCGAAAGGGAGUGUGACUAAGGAGACAAAGUUUGAGUAUGCCUGGUGUCUGAUCCGGAGCCAGUUCCCCGAGGACAUCAAGAAGGGUAUUGUUCUGCUAGACGAGCUUGUUCACAAGGGGACAAAGGAUGACCAGAGGGACUACUUGUUUUACCUGGCUAUUGGGAACUACAAAUUGAAGGAGUAUGAGCGGGGCCUGAAGUACAUCCGGAUUCUCCUGAAGAAUGAACCAGGAAACACUCAGGCUCUGGACCUGGAGCAGCUCAUAGUGAAGGCCUUGAGGAAAGAUGGUUUGGUCGGCAUGGCUAUAGUGGGAGGAAUAGUUGGAGGAGUGGGCCUUGGCGUUGCUGGAUUGGCUGCACUCAUUGGAAUGGCUGUGUCAAAGAAGCUCUAAAAAUCAACCCUACCACCAAGCCCUUCCACAUAUACUCAGAAUGCCUCAAUGCAAUGCAGCGGAGUACAGUAUAACAAUCCUUUCCUUUAAAAACAUAAUCCAUCUCUUCAAUAUAAAUACCAAUAAUUAUCUCUUUGUAAUCUAACCAGAAGUGCAAUUAUAGCUUAUAAAAGGGAACAUUAAAGUCAAAUGUUGGGUCACAGCUGUUUUUGUUACAUAAGACAUUUUUAGUAUUGCUGCAUAGAGACAACCUAGUUUGAACUGCAACCACUUUUAGUGUUUUAGUGAUGCAGUGGCUUAACUGAACCUGUACACAUGGUAAAAAUAUAAUCUAUAUUAAUCAAACAUAUUAAUUCAUUCUAUUUCAGUUACCAUAACACACGCGUGAGUCAACUAAGCAAUUCAUCUUACAUAAAAUCUAGAAAGGUUUCAAAUGCAUUUCUGGGGCUAAUUGUCCCAAUUAUUUUAAUUGCCACAUUAGAUGCUUUGAGAUGUUGAUCUCUACUUCUAAUAGGGGGAAAUAUUAAGAUGUGAAAAAUGCAUAAACCAAAAGUAUAUGCAUGAGUAUCUCAUAGUUUGUUCAGAAGUUUGUGGAAAGACUGGUAUGUUGUAGUUGUGCUGCUCAACCACAAGAGGGCAAUAUCUGGUUUAGGAUUUCAAGAACAGUUCUGGGCAAAACGUCCUGAAAGCUUUCCCUACUCUGGUUUCUCUUGCAAAUUCUAGAGGCUUUGUCUUGAGAUACAUGCACUUGGAUGUACAGUACCAGUGACAAGUUUGUACACACUGUCACCCAUUAAAGUGUGGGCACUUUCUUGGCAGUGGGUUUGAACUAGAAGGCAGCUUGGAUGUAAAAAGCUGAAAAAAUAUUUCAAUAACUGGGUAAAAUGUUCAAACAGCAGUAAGUGUUUGUUUUACACACCCAAAGACCAGUAUGUAGCCAGGAGUCUGCUGAGUGCAGAGCUGUUGAUAUAAAAUGAAUGUGACACUAGAAUUAUUGCUGGUUAAAUUAACUGUGUGUGGAACCAGUUGCAUUUAUUAUUUUUUUUGCACUUAAUAGUAGUGAUUACAAUGACACAUUGUAAUGCCGAAGGAGAAUUCAAAUGCUAACGAGAUGUGGUUAUUAUAAAUUAAUCCUUCACCAUGAUGGAAUUCAAUUCAUAAUGAAAACAUGUUAUAUUAAAUUACUUUUU